AUGAGAGAAGAAAACCAGUCUUCUACCAUGAAUUUCAUCCUCCUUGGAGUUACUGGUCAGCAGGAACAGGAAGAUUUCUUCUUCACCCUCUUCUUGUUCAUUUAUCCUAUCACACUGAUUGGAAAUGUGCUUAUCAUCAUGGCCAUUCAUUAUAACACUCACCUACACAAUCCCAUGUAUUUUUUCCUUGCCAAUCUCUCCCUUGUUGACAUCUUUUUCUCAUCUGUAGCAAUCCCUAAGACAUUGGUUAACCAUCUUCUAGGUAGUAAAACCAUAUCCUUUGAGGGAUGCUUCACACAGAUGUUUUUCAUGAUAGCCUUGGGUAACACAGAUAGCUACCUCUUGGCUGCAAUGGCCUAUGAUCGAGCUGUGGCCAUCAGCCGUCCACUUCAUUAUACAACAAUUAUGAGCCCAUGGUUCUGUGUCCUGCUGGUUGUUGGGUCUUGGGUGGUUGGAAAUGCCAAUGCCCUUCCCCACACUCUACUCACAGCUAGUCUGUCCUUCUGUGGCAACAAAGAAGUGGCCAACUUCUACUGUGACAUUACCCCCUUGCUCCAGCUGUCCUGUUCUGACAUCCACCUUAAUGUGAAGAUGAUGUACCUAGGAGUUGGUGUUUUCUCUGUGCCAUUACUAUGCAUCAUUAUCUCCUAUGUUCGGGUCGUUUUCACAGUCUUACGGGUUCCAUCCACUAAGGGCAUUUACAAAGCCUUCUCCACCUGUGGCUCUCACCUUACAGUUGUCUCUUUGUAUUAUGGGACAGUUAUGGGCAUGUAUUUCCGACCUCUGACCAGUUACAGCCUAAAGGAUGCAGUGAUAACUGUGAUGUACAUGGCCGUGACCCCAAUGUUAAAUCCUUUCAUCUACAGUCUGAGAAACCAAGACAUGAAGAUUGCUCUGGUAAAGCUCUUCCACAAUAGAAUCCCUCUAGAGAAGAGCCAAAAGAGAUAA